GAAGGAAAACUCCCUGUCACGUUUGCUACGUGCUAUUAUGUACCUCGUCAGGUUUAGACAAAAGGGAUUGAUGGUUUGCUCAAUGUAUUUGCCAGUAAGAACUAUAUGCAGAAAUAAGCGCGUUAGCAGCAGGUAUAGAAGUGCCAGUAACACGGCCUGCCUCGAACUACAGCGCAACGGGAAUUCAAAUGGAUUUCCACAGUGAGCAACAAAGAGCAGCUCCACAUUGCACAACCCUCUAGCGCCACCUAACGCUCGGAUUCUGCAGCUUUGUGACACAUGGCAGGAAUUUAGCACGGACAAACAUUUGACAUGUUGGACUGUAUUGGCAAAGCGUCUGUGUAUUUGCAAAAGGACCGAUUGCGACUAAACUAUGUAAUGCGAUUUGACGCCCCAGUCUUGAGAACAAUCAGCGUUUAUUGACGCCAUGCUUCUCGCCAGACUGGAAUGGAACUAGCAGCUCGGCUUACGAUGUUGCUGAACUACGAGUCUCGACUGGAUAUUGUAAGGAACGAGUUGCAGCAGGUCAGCAACAGCUGCCAAACACACGGCAUAUUGUUCGGAUUCGGUGCUGCAGAGGUUAAUGGGCACAUAUAGGGGAGAAGGGAUCGUGUGUGCGGGAUAGAGAAUGGGCAGCACAACUGGAAAGCUCGCACUUUGGACUGUGUCUGGCCACUGAGUCAGUCCGCCUCCUUCUUCGUCUCAGGAGUGUAGAAGACGGGCAAAGCGGCGCUUAGAGACGAGACUCGCUCUUCCCCUGAGUCCAGUUCCUUCUCCAACAAAGGGGGGUCGGGGUGCGCUUCUCCCCACCCCAACAAGAGUCCCAUUGCUCCAGUGACCUUCUGCGAUCUGUCUCGCCUAGCCCCUCCCAGUCGGCUCGGGUUCUGUGGCGCAUCCCACCCCCCAUUCCUCUCUCUCUCUCCAUGCUCGGAGCAUUGUGAGACAACUGGGAGUCGCGCUGUGUGUGUGAGUGCAGUGGGCUCUCGGGGAACGGCAGCCCUCGACUGUGUCAUGGCGCGGAGGAGAGGAGGGAACCCGUCCCUGAACGCUGCCCUCGCCUUGCUGCUCCUCUGCAGGCUGUGCGGAUCAUUUGCUGGACCAGUUCAUGUGGACCCACACGUAACAGCAGUUUGGGGAAAGAACAUUACACUGAAAUGUUUAAUUGAAGUUAACGAAACAAUAACUCAAAUCUCAUGGGAGCGAAUUAUUGGCAAAGGUGCACAGACCAUAGCUGUACAUCACCCCAUUUACGGAACUUCGUUUGAAGAGUCAUAUCAGCAAAGAACGACAUUCAAAAACACUUCUCUCCAUGAUGCGACCAUUGUUAUAAAUAACAUUGAAUUUUCUGAUGCUGGAGAGUACAUUUGCAAAGCAGUCACAUUCCCACUUGGAAAUGUCCAGUCAUCAACUACUGUUACAGUGUUUGUUGAACCAACUGUGAGCAUUUCAAAGGGGCCUGAACCCUUACUGGACGGCGGGAAUGAAACGGUAGCAGCAUAUUGCACAGCUGCUACUGGAAAGCCUGCUGCGGAAGUGUCCUGGGAAGGGUCUCUUGGAAGAAUGGAAACAAAUGUAACAUCUUAUCCAAACAAAACAGUGACUGUAAUGAGCCAGUACCGUUUAGUUCCAAGUCGGUUUGCACGAGGAAGAAACAUAACCUGUGUGGUGAAGCAUCCUGCUCUGGAAAAUGAUAUUAGGUAUCCAUUUACUUUGGAUAUACAGUAUGCCCCGGAAGUUUCAAUAACUGGAUAUGAUGAUAAUUGGUUUGUUGGCAGAACAGAUGUUUAUCUUAAGUGCAAUUCUGAUGCUAAUCCAUCUCCUACUGAAAUAAAAUGGACAAGGUUAGAUGGAAUUUGGCCUGAAGGCUUACAGUCUGUCAAUAAUACACUACUUUUCAGCCUCCCACUUACUCACAAUGUUUCUGGGAUAUAUGCGUGCAAAGUGGCCAAUGCACUUGGUCAGAAAAGUGACCAAAAGAUCAUCACAAUUCUUGAUCCUCCCGCUACUACCCCACUUCCUACAAUAUCACAGACCCGCUCAACUACUGACAUUAUUGGCAUAGAAACAUCUUCCAAAAAACUUCAUACUCCAGCGUCCACCUUGGCUGCCCUGCAGGACGGAAACUUUGGCACAAUUAUUGGCAGCGUAGUAGGCGGGUGUCUCUUUCUGAUACUGUUGAUUGUGAUUUUUGGAAUCAUCUACUAUAGGAGGAAACAGACAUUCCGCGGCGACUACUUUACCAAGAGCUACAUCCCUCCUUCUGACAUGCAGAAGGAGUCUCAGAUAGAUGUUCUUCAGCCUGAAGAUCUGGAUCCUUUUCCAGAGAAUCCCAAAAAAGAGAUUAAUAUUAAAGCAAACGAUCAUAUCUAUAACGAAUAUCUUCAAGAUGUAGAGAACUCUGGUUGGAACAAUGUGAUUAGCUACGACAGAUACCAAGAACACUUUGACAGGCCAACAACUAACUAUCCUGAUAAACAAAUGCCUGUUGUAUCCAGGUACAACAAAAACUGCUUUAAUGACAAUGAAGAUGACCUUGUAUCACAUGUGGACGGUUCUCUCAUCUCACGGAGAGAGUGGUACGUUUAGAGAAAGACUGCUGGGAAGGAAAAAAACUUUAUAGUGCAUUCAACUACAUGAUAAGAUGGGGGUGGAGGUCAUGUGACCUCUUAAAACCACUUUGUUUUCAUACCCAUUUACCUUACUUUAGAAGUGGAUGAGUUCAAAUGUGGUCUCCUGCAUCUCUGUCUAUUGGAAAUAUGUAAAUAUAAUCAAUACAUUGGACAUUUGGUGAUUAAAACUUAGUUUUCCUGAGGAGUCGGGAGAAGUUAGGUACAGAGGUAACACUGAGUGUAGAAAUCUACAUAAAUCUCCCCGUGUUAGAAAAGGCUGCUAUUCAUAGACAGUAUUCCCAUUGUGGUUUAUAUUGCUCCGGUACAGUAUGGGUGGUUCCGCUCUCAGUAAAACUUCGCAAACCAAAUAACAUUGAUUUUUAAAAUGCCUCCCGUGCUCAGCAGAAUUAUUCUUUUUCUAAGGGAUAUGGUUACUUUACUCCGAGUCCGAAUCUUCUAGCAUAGCAACACUGGCCAUGUUAUCUGUCAAUAAAUAACAAAUUGUAAGUUUUGCUUUUUAUAUUUUAAACGUUAAUUGUGGUUGCAUACAUUAAUUGUUUUCCUUUUUAUUCAGCAAUAUGACUUAAAGGGACAGUGUCAACAAAAAGUCAUUUUUUUUUCCAUGUAAUUUGGCAUCCCCCAUAACUAUGGUUACUGCUCAGUCCUAGCAGGUUUAACAAAUAAGUUUCUUCUGGAAUAUUUAUUCAUUUGGGGAGAUUAUUAUAAUGUUUCCAUGUAGUUGCCUGUUGCCCAAACUCUGUAGGUGACUGACUCUCUAGCAGUGCAUGUUUUUAGUAUAUCCACUCAGAGCACAUGUACACAGUGGAGCCUAUUUAUCAUGCUAGGUAAGACAUUGGAGAAAAACAUCAGGUGAUGUUCUCCAUAGCAACCAAUCAGCAAUUAGAUUUCAGCAGUCACCUACAAGUUAGAAAACAAAAGCAUCAAUCUGAUUGGUCGCUAUGGGCAGCAUAGGCCCCUUAGUUGUCAUGCUUUAUGGAUAGAUGUGAGUGUUUAGGUCCAAAAAGCAAUUUUAAUUCAGUGACUCUAUGGGCAAUGGCACACAGGGUGAAUUGAGGCAUUUUGUCAGCUGUUUUUUUUUUUUUUGUAGCCAAAACACAUAGAACACCACACUCUCUAUAAGUCAUCUUAAUUCUUAUUCAUGUGCCAAGCUUGUUUUUCACAACAGACACACAGUAAUAAAAGCGAGACUUGACUCCAAAGAAAACAUUUUUAGAAUAACUGGAUAGAAAUAAUGUUCAAGUUCAUAUUUUACAUUUUUGUGUGUCCCUGUAGGAUUUACUACUUGAAAAAUGUUAACAUCUUUAAUUCCAAACAGGGUUUUGCAUUGGGUUAAAUAUAACAUUACAGUACAAGCCUUGCAUAAUGUGUGGGAAGCAUAAUGUGUAGUUGUUUCAAUUACACGCGGGCUUAGUUACUAACAUUAAGCAGGUUUGCAGCAGUACAGUAAACAUACGCUUUCAUUAAUUAACUGUUUGCAGGCUAAAUAGUAAAAGCACACUUCUAACUGGGUGCAAUGGGUUGCUUAAAGGGGUGGUUCACCUUUUAAGUUUACAUUUAGCAUGUUAUGGAAUAGCUAAUUAUAAGCAACUUUUCAAUUAUUUAUUUUUCAUAGAUUUUAAAUUUUUUGUUUUUUUCUUCUGACUCUUUCCAGCUUUCAAAUGGGGGUCACUGACCCCAUGUAAAACCAAAUGUUCUGCAAGGCUACACAUGUAGGGUUAUUGCUCAUCUUGCUAGUUGGGUCCUCUCCUAUUCAUAUUCCAGUCUCUUAUUCAAAUCAAUGCAUGGUUGCUAGGGUAAUUUGAACCCUAGCAACCAGAUGGCUGAAAUUGCAAACUGGAGAGCUGCUGAAUAAAAAGUUAAAUAACUCAAAAAAUACAAAUAGUAAAAAAUGAAAACCAAUUGCAAAUUGUCUCAGAAUAUGCCUCUCUACAGUAUAUUAAAAGAUAAUUUAAAGAUGAACAACCCCUUUAAGUCAUCUCUGAGGGUAAUAUAUGAAAGAAUAUACUUUUGCAUCUAAAUACAGCUUCAUUACCAGGGUGUUUAGUAAAUAGAUACUUCAUUCUCAUCAAGGACACAUUACAGACCCCUCGGUUUUACAGUUAUGGAGAACUGACAUAUAUGCUGUCUAGUUAUAUUAUAAAUGAGUUAAGCAAUUAACAUCUACAGUGUCUCGCACAUAAUAACCGUACAGAUGUGAUGUAACUUGAAGCUUAUAACAGUAUUCUGUUUCAGCUCAGACAUUACAUAGGUAUCCUGAGGAAUUGGAUAACCUCUGAUGCAUUCUCGUACAGAGUUAUGUGCUUUGAAAAAUAGAGCAACUCUGCCCAAAAGGUACAUCGUGAUGCACCUGUUAACGAGGUAGAAUUAGAUAUCAAACUAGUGGCCUAUAGAUCCACAGAAGAAAGUGUCAGUUCUUAUACAUCAGUAACAAAAAGCAUUUCCAUUUUGGUCUCACCAUUUGUACAAGCCAGAGUUAGUUCAACUAGAAUUGUCAUUACUGUCACCCAAUUAUUGUGUUGUAUAAGUAACCAGAGCAACAGUCACUCUAUAUGUACCAUAUUGGUGCCUCCAUCAAGGCAAUUGGUGGUGCUUACGCUACAUCCUAUAAUUAUCCUAUCCUAAAUAUCCGAUACGUUCAGACCUACAUUUUAGUUUUUCUGGGUGCAACAAGGAUUAUAGCCUAUAUGUAUCUAUUUUUAGUUUCAUCAUAAUGCAUAGCUUAUUGCCUUCACUAACACUCUUCUAUAUAGUUGCAUUUGUAUACAGUAUGCAAAGUGGAACUGCCACUCUCUAUAGAUAUCAGCAUCCUCAGUGCUUGAAUGAAGUAUUUGGUCGGCACUGCUUUACUAAAAGAGAAAGGGAUAUGCCACCUCAGGUUGCUAGAUGUAUAUACAAACAUGCCAAUGCUUCAUGUGCACAACACUUUGUUAGAUGUACUAAUCGAGUAUGUGUUCCCAUUAAACGGGUGCUUUGCCUUUAAGGUAACUUGUAGUAAAGAAUGGCCAAUUCUAAGCAACGUUUCAAAUGGUUUUCUUUAUUACUUUUUUUUCUUCUGACUCUUUGCAGCAUUCAAAUGGGCGUCGCUGACCCCUUCUCAAAAGCAAAUGCUUGGUAAGGCUAUAAAUGUAUUGUUAUUGCCAAUUUUUAUUACUCUUCUUUCUAUUCAGGCCCUCUUCUAUUCAUAUUCCAGUCUCUUAUUUAAAUCAAUGCAUGGUUGCUAGGGUAAUUUGGAACCUAGCUACCAGAAUGCUUAAACUGUUUAAAAAGCUUGAACUCAAAAACCUUAAGUAAUAAAAAAUGAAAACCAAUUGCAAAUUGCCUCAGAAUAUCAUUAUCUAUAUCUUACUAAAAGUUAUCUCAAAGGCGAACAACCUCUUUAAUUCUCUGAGAUCAAAGGUCCAAAAAGCGUCUGUGUAAUCUUGGGGGUGCCAUUCAAGUCCCAGUAGGGUUGUAGGACUAACCUUUGUGUAGCAGAAACAGAAAAGCCGUUUCAAAUGGGUUUAGUACUUUAGUAACUAUUUACGGGUCAAAUUAAUCCGUUGCUCUCUAAAUACCUAUAAGAUGAAAACCUCUUGUAUAAUAUUUGCCAGAAAAUAUUCUACAUGCAGCUGCUAUACAAAACACAUAUAACCUUUAAAUAUCAGUUCCAGCUUUAUUGUGUUACUGGCCCUUUAAAUCGUCAUCAAUCAAGUUACAGUAUGCAUUGUACCCCUGCCCGUACUGCAUAUUCUUUGUUUUCAAUUGGGUUUCCGCAUGGCCGCAGGUCGGUUUUAUCCUCUUUACCGCUCUCUGCCAUUAUCAGCCAAACAAUGUGAUCUGCAGUAGAAAUAUUUAUGGGUAAUGACAUUUUUUCAGAUUUGGUGAAAAAGUUUCUCUUUUUGUUUCUGUAUGAGGCAAUGUCUGUAUUUAUAAUGACCACUCAGUGGUACCAAAUUGCUUUGCAAAUGCCAAAGUAUGUUUGUUCAUUGUAAAAAACAAAAAAAAAAACCCUGUGGUACUUUGUAUAUGAAUGUAUGAAUAGAAUUGGCCCUGCUGUUCUUAUUUUUAUACAGUGCUGCCUGUAAUAUUUGGGUCAUAUUGACUUGUAGAAAAAGAAAAAUUGUCAUUAAAAAGCUGCAAAUAGGUUGAAAGAAAUAAGAAGUCUAAAACCUUAGUGAUUCUUCCCUAAGAUUUGAGUUUUCUCUGUGCUAGAAGUAUAUUCAAAUAUGAUCAUGUGAGUGGCAGGGAACUUAGUAACCCGAUUUCCCAGCUUUCGUGCUCAUAAACCACUAAUUAUUUGGUUCAAUAUCAAAAACUGUUAAACUAAUAUAUCGCCUGUACAAAUGCCCACUUGAUCACUGUGCAAGGGUUAUUGGACUUAUAAUGUAUUGUACAGUAUUUUAUAGUCAAAGAUCCUGCUACAGGUACACAGUUUUAACUGAGCAUCACCAGGCUUUAAAUGGAAUGUAUACGAAUCUGUACCCCAUUUCUCAUGAUAAACAUCGUCAUGGUGCUGGCGCUAUGAAUUGUUCCACCCAAUCAGCUCCUGGAACAUAAACAGCUCAUUCAUUUCAUUAACCUGUUUGCUUGGAUCAUAACAAUAACAGACCCAUUUCUCUGUUCUAGGCCACUGGCCAGAAUAUACACCAGUCUUACAAAUGAAUCAUGAUGAAACAUUAGGGUUUGCACGGAUGAAUCGAUAAAGUGGUUUUCGGCAUUACCAUUUAUUGAUUCUUUCACCUCUAAACAAAUGGCAGCAACAGAUUCCCCAUAUAACGUGCUGCACAUAUGCAGUUUGCUUGUGAACCUUGGGUACCUCUGCACGUGGCUUUCUCUGUGGCCUGUUCUUCAGGGUGUCAAUGGGUGGUCUGUGUUAUAUACAGCUGUUGGACUAAGAACAGCUCUGGCAUAUAACUUACGUAUAUAUAACUUCUAUAUGUGACUUCAUCUGAGCAGAGCAAAUAUUUACUGUACAAAGCUGCCCAGACACACUGAAGAAUAGAGAGAGGGUUCUCUAUAGACAGAAGUGUAAGCUUGCAAAAAGCAUCAAGUGUGCAAUGUCAUGGAUCACUUUUAUAUAUCUAUUUAGCCAAUAGAGACAUAAUAAAAUAAUUUAAAGGGAAAUAUAAAGAGCCUGAUUAUAUUAAAAUAGUUUUGGGUAAAAAUGUGGGCUGGGAGGUCAUAACAGGCCUCCAGUUAAACUUGGAAUUUUUUGUUUGCUGUAUUCUUACCUAAUUUCUCUAUGAAUUGUCCAGUCCAAUAGUAGCUUUGGCCUCUGCCUGCAAUGCUAAAAGGGAGCAUCCUACAAGUGGGUGUUUGGCCAGUCCCAGCAAUGCAGUAUCAUUGUAGCCAACAGUCUUCUUUACCUGCCCCUAAAAGGCAAUUUGGCACAUACUUUUCCCUAAACUGAAACAUACCCUAAUGCAUAGUAAUGCAUACGUUCUCUAAAUGUAUCUACACAAUAAGAGAUAUGAUAGGCACUAACAUAAUGUUUUUUUUGGCCUUGCCAAAGACACUUGCACAAAAUCAAACUGAUGCUGAAGUAUAUUUAUAUUUUGUUUUUUGAACUUUGGCUGAAAAUAUUGUGUGAUAUUGGGCCAUGUUCAGACAGUGUUAAGGUUUAUCUCAUAAAUUCUAGAACUGAAUUUAGAGAGAAGUUUUUCUCAUCAUAUUAUUAAUUUAAUCUAGCCCAUGAUGUGCCUCCAUAAUUUCAUCUCCUGCUCUCAAGUCUUUGCACUCAAUUCCAGAGGUGCAAAUAGUGGGACGGGGUACAGAACAGCAUGCAAACCAUGCACAGUAGCCAAUGCUUUCUACAAACUGGCUUUUUAUUAAAUGCAAAAUUGAGCCCCUAUGGGCACAAAGUGCAAUGGAAACUGUGUACUUCAUACUUAUCUAAGGCAGUUUAUAGCAGAGCUUCCUUGUGUUGAAAAGUGCUGCAUUCUAAUACACGCCUGCCCUACAGCUUGGGUGGGUGCAAGAAUUAAGAGGAAAGUGCAUUUGCCCUUACUUUUUAUGUUUAAAUGGAGGAAUUCAGUUCCUGAUACCCAUCUUUAUCCAUUCUAGCAAACAGUAGUCUUAUCUUGCUUAAUGGCAGGGUGUCUCAUAUAAAUAUACCAAUGUCCCACAAGAUCUAGAAGAACCAAUUACUCUUAAUCUAAGGUGUCAGCAUUUACUACACCAUUUCUUGGAAUAUGCAUGGCUGAGGUAACCACUAGAAACAUAAAGCUUAGCUACGGCAAAGUAAAAGAGUGCAUUGAACUAAUCAACAAUGUAAAUAUAUACGAAGUUAAAGCUGGUGUAAAAUAAGUGGAUGGAAAUAUCCCUUGAAAGUAAAGAAUAAGAUAUUGUGACGUGGGCAGCAUAGUGACUCGAUGCGUAGCAUUUUAUCUUGCAGCACUCGGCUCUCAAGUUCAGUUCUGGCCAAGGCACUAUCUGUAAUGAUAUGUUCUCCCUGUUUCUUCUAUUUACAUUUCACAGAAGCUGUUGAAAGCACUGUUAAGAGCAAAAGGGGUUGCAAAGCUUCCUUACAGGAAAGCAUGUACUGCCUUGUGGUGUCCCCCAAAGAGCCAUACUGUGUUGUCUUUCAUGUUUUACACUGUCUCCAGUCAGUCCAAAAUGUGCUGCUUGUCUAUUACCACAGCUGCAUUCUGGGUAGAAAUACUACAAAUCAGCUGUAUGUUAAUGAUUGUAGAUGCUUAACUGGAUCCCAGUGUGUGUUGUCAGGGUAUACAAUAAGGCAAGAAGCGUAGCAACAGCUUUGUGGUGUGAUCCAUCGAGGCAGAAAGAGACCAAAGGUCUAACUCCAUUUUUAGCAUACUAGCUAUUGAACUAGCAACUACAUUUUCCCUCUAAAUAAGCAAAGACAAACGGCUGUUAACAUUGUCGGCCAAACAUUAAAUCGACUUCAAGUGAAUGUAAUUCAUUUCUGCUUUAAUGAUCAAGAUUGUAAAAAGAAUCAGGCUGCACUGGAGCAGCGUCUUCUCUGGUUUUAAAAAUGGAUUUGAUUUAAGUUCCUUUUUCUCUGCAGUCUUCCAAAUUUUGUAUAUUGUGUAUGCGGCGCUAGAUUUUUUCCAAAAUAGCUCUAGAUUUGUAAUUAAGGACACCAUUUAUUUCCAAACGAAAGCUUUUCUACACUUUCAGUUACAACAGGUUGUAGCCGAGUGAUAGAAUUAUUUGUUUAUGCAUUGACUUGUCUUUGUAAUAUAAUGUUCCAAAUUUGAUUGUCCCUAAAUUCAUUUUAGAAAAAUGUAUUUGGCAUUUGUCGACCUGCUAAAGGUUCCGUCAGUCCUCUUCAUUUCAUCCAUGUUUUUGAUUCUGAAAUGUGUACAAUUUCCUGCUAAAGGCGACACUUGAGUUUAGGGUUCGAACUGUAUUUACGGUCAUGUUCAAAAGGUCUUAUAUAUACAUAUAUUUUGAUUAUAUUCACGUUUACAUUUAGUAACAAGUCGCUUGCUGCUUUCAGGGAUGUAUUUACCCAUGAAUUGUAAAUCACCAAAAAAAAAAAAAAUGAAGUCUGUCAAGAGUAGUAGUAGGUUCUGAAAUCCGUUUUUAGAUCUGUACGUAAAUCUACUUGUUUCUAAACUGCAAUGUUCAAUUUUGACGGCUAGAUGAAGCAACUGAAAAAUGUGAUCUAUUUUUUUUUUUUUUAUAUGAAAUAUUUUACUUGCGCUUCUGGUAAGUGUUGGGAUGUAACUUUUGGAUUCAGAAUUUGUUUUUUUUAAAUGUACUGCAAUUUGAGUUUACUAAUUUGGAUGAUUUGCUAAUAUAAAUAUUAAAUUUUUAUGAUAAAAUAUUUGUUAUUCUUGAACUGAGCUUGCGGUGAUGUUAAGAUAUGUUUGUUGUAAAACAAGAAUGAUUGUUACUCUGAGCGAAAUAAAUUUUUACUGAAUUA